AGAAGUACAGAAAAAACUAUGGGAAAAGUGGACACGUCGAGUCUGGAAAACAUGGCCGCCUCCAUUUCCAGAAAGUCCUCUUUAAGCCAAAUCGCGUCACAUUCUGGCGGCAGUGACACUUGUAAAGUAUGUGGAGAUGGAAACGCAAAAACCCAUUACGGAGUCGUCACAUGCUUCGGAUGUAAGGGAUUCUUCCGGAGAACGCUGAAAAGACCCUCCGAGUACACGUGUAGGCAUAAUGGACACUGUGUUGUGGAUAGGCAUGAGAGGAAUUCUUGCAGAUUCUGCCGUUUCAAAAAGUGCAUCGAAGUGGGUAUGGAUCCAAAAGCUGUCCGUCCUGAUCGAGAUGCCACCGGCCGACAUUAUCAGGGCCGUCAGAGACGAUCAAAACUUUCAGCAGAGGAUGAGGGGGAGGUCGAUGCGGAAUGGAUGAGAAAACUGCCAGUUGACAUGAGAACCACUUUGAUGCAAUUGUUAAAUAUCGAUCUUAUUGUUGGUGGAGGUGAUGGGCAUACUGAACCAUCGAAAAUCUACCCAUUACCCUUUGCCACAUCGAUAAGGCAGCUGUUGGAGGACCCGACUCUGUUGGAUGGGAAAAGGACCGAGAUGCGGUACGAGACGUUCCGCGAGAUCAACCCCGACGAGCUGCCGUGCAUUGCGCAUCGCCGUCUUAUCGCGAUGAUCGACUGGGCUGAUCAUCUGUUCGACAUGAUGGAUGUCAAUAAUAUGGAUGAUAAGAUAGCAAUCGUCAAGGCCAGCUACGGACCCCUGAUGAUCUUCAGUUUGUGCGCCAACACUUCCCGCCACAAAAUGUCGGAUAUAGUGUGCUUGAGCACAUUCGGCUACAUUUCAAGAUAUGCUCCAAACGGCUGGGCUGAGCCAUAUCACUUUGGCAAUCAGCUCGCCGAGCGAUGCAUCGACGAGCUCAUCGAUCCGCUGAAGAAGAUGAAUCUCAAGGAGGAAGAGAUCACGCUGAUCAAGGCGAUCAUCGUGUUGAACCCCUACCUAAAAACUCUCACUCAAGACGGGUCGGAGGCGAUUAUGGAUCUUCGGGAUAGAAUCCAAGAGACCUUGUAUCAUGUGGUACGGGAGACUCACCCGAAGGAAGUUGCGUCGAGCAGAUUUGGAAACUUGUUGCUCUUUGUGCCAAGUGUUAUGAUGCUCGGCCGCCUAGUAACCGAAAACCUCUCCUUCGUCGACAGUUUCGGUCAAAUGAACGACGCUCUAGUGCAUGAUCUCCUACAAGAAGCGCCGAAAGUCGAGCAAAACCGCUCACCCACCAACACCUCCCCACCAACGACCUCCGGUAUGGAUACCUCACCAUCUCCACCGAUAAUGAACCAUCAUGGCGUGUCAUCCCAAGACGAGCAGCUCGGCGGAGCCCAACACGAUCUCGGCCGGCGACACAGUGAGCCCCGUAUGGUGCAUUCGUCGAGCUCCAGCUCGAUUGAAAGCCUCAAUGGAUCUUAUCAGUGCUCGUCGGAUGGAGGAGCCUCUUAUCAGAAUCAGAUCGGAACACUGCCUUAUAACCUCUCCUGCAAUUCCCUACCGGCACAGGUCAACGAUUUCGGCGUCUCGCUGAAUGGAGCAUCAUCGAUGCCGAAUUUAGAGAUGGCUGAAUGCGAUCCAGACUACAACGUGACGAUCACACCGGAUAUGUAUGGAGACAUGCGCCAAGCGAUGAACGUCGCUCACGGUGGAAUGGAGAUUGACGAGUCGCAAGUCGGCAACAACGGAAUGGGAACUCCAAAUUUAGAACGUCGUGAUUCGAUGCAGUUACCCCAGUCGCCCACGCAGCCAAUGUUCUACAUUUCCACUGUCGAGAGCACCAAGCACAAGUUCACAGUCACCACAGCGUCGUAUGAUCGCUUCCAAAACGCUCCAAACGGCCACGCGUACGGCGAAAACGGCUACCAAAACGGCGUGGGCGGUAUGCCACAACAAUCCAGCGGCUCAUUCGGUCAAAUGCCGAGCUCCGGGAGCCAACAACAUGAGGCUCUGUGCAAAACGAACAGCCUCCCACCCCAGUAUAUGAGCCAACAACAGCCACAAAAUGCUCAAAAUUACGAUCAAAUGAUGUACGUCGCGCAGAAUCAAAUGGAGUGCGACGACGGAAAUUAUAUCAAUUUUAAUCCGCCUAGCUAGUAGCUGUGUGUGUUUGCCGUAGAGCGCACUUUCUUUAUCUCGUGAUAUUUUUCCAUUUUUUUUGUUUGAUAACUUGAUUUUCGGCGGUUUUUUGACGAUUUUCUGGCCAUUUCUAGGUGAAAAACUGAUCUGAAACAUUAAAAACCAAAAAAUUAAAAUUUUUGUGGAAAAAAUUCCGCGGAACUCAACUACCUGGAAACGGGGCGUGGCUUAUUAGCUCCGCCCGCUAACCUGCUUGAAAAUAGGCGGAGCUUAUUGACAAUCUCCAAUAUGUGGGCGGAGCCAACAAACUUCGCCGAUUUUGUGGGCGGAGCUAGUAAGCCACGCCCACUUUUCCGGGUAGUUGAUUUCUACGGAACUUUUUUGUUGUAAAAUAUCGAUUUUUUUGAGUAUUUCGCAAUAAUUUUUAGAUUUCUUUGAAAACUACGAUUUUUAUAGCUCAUUUCUUCCGGAAAAUCAAAAAUUUUCUUAGAAAACCUUCCAAAAAAAAACGAGUUUCCGUAGAAGUCAACUCCCUGAAAAAUGGGGCGUGGCUUGCUAGACCCGCCCACUAACCGGCUCGAAAUUAGGCGGAAAUUGUUCGCCACGCCCAGUAUGUAGGCGGAGUCAACAGGCCCGCCUAUUUUGUGGGCGGAUCUAAUAGACCCCGCCCACUUUUCCGAGUAGUUGAUUUCUACGGAUUUUUAAAAAAAUAUCGUUUUUUUUAGAUUUUCGCGGAAAAUAUGAAUUUCAGGUUAUUUUUUCAUGAAAAGCCCAAAUUUUUCAAUAAAAUUCGCUGAAAAUUCCAAAUUUUGCCACUUUCGCCAAAAAGUCGCCGAAUUUUCCCAAUUCCUCCACUUCCAUUAUUGAUUACGAGUCGCCAGCCAUUUUUGUUUCUCAUCAUGUUUCCCCCCAAAUUCAAUUUUUUUAAAAAUCGAUUUUUGCUCAGUUUUUUUGUGUUCAGUUUGCAUUUUUUUUCUCUGUACUAUUUCUGCCUUAUUUACAAAAGUCCCCCCCCCCCCCCCUGAAAAAGGUGCUAAAUAUGAUUUUUUUUUGCUCUCGAUUUUUUGAAGAAAAUAAACUGAAUUUU